AUGAGUACCGAAUAUCGCGCAUUGCUCACUGAAUCUGGAGUGUGUGUCAACCCAGCACGAGAUAUGAAGCCAGAGGUGUCUGGUGUAGGCUUAAACUAUGUUCUGCGCUUCAUGUAUAGAGCUCCGCUCAACUUUUACGGCCGGUGGGAUGAUCAAGGGUACGACUUGGGAAUUGUCAGUCGUGAUCCCGAUGAUAGCGUGGAAUUCGGCAGGCGCACUGCGGUUCAAUUAAUGCAGUGUCGCUCUGGCUUUAUUAUCCAUGCCCCAUGCUAUUCCCUUCUAGAACAGCUCUUCAGCCCUGAAGACGUUCCAGUAGCCCGCCUGAUGGAGAUAUUGUGGUCCUGUUCCACUAUUACAUGCAGUCUGAACGUCCUCGAUUGGGGCCAUGAAUAUGGAGGGACCUUCACAAAGUAUGGCCCAGUUGAAGGUGAUAGUGAAUUCGUAUUCCGGGAUCCUUGGACAGUGUUUAAGGACGGGAAGUCCCUAGGAAAAUUUGUGCGAAGAGCACGGUUCAACGACAAGCGAAAAAAACGGCAGCUGCUUGAACGAAGCCCAGCCGUAAUGAGUGGCGAUGCUGCACCUAAUCACCUAUCAAGACUUUCCCUCGAAAUUCUAGAGCUCAUUGCUGUUCAGCUGCGCACUAGUGAUGUAUUGGCCUUGUCCCAGGUCUCGAAAGUAUUGGCCAGGGCUAUCCCUUCUGGCUUUGGGCAGUCCUUUUGGAGGUCCCGGUUCCAGCCCACGUUUGAGCUUGGUUAUAUGUUCGAGGCCAACAUGAGCAACGAACCGCUUAAUUGGAGAUGGCUCUACUUCAGAUGUAGGGAGAUAGCGCCUUUCACGCCAGAGCUCAAAAACAGAAUGCGCAUCUGGAAACUCCUCCAGUUGCCCGUGUCUGAACUGGUAGCCUUGGGUUGGAGCGGUGAUCCCUCACUCCGUCCUUUGAAUAUCGGAUGGCACCAGCUGAAAUGGGGAAGACGUGGAGGAUUACUUCGUCUCCAUGAGACACCUGGUUCGGAGAUAUUGGAUUUUGGAGAGGGAUGCAAGGAGUUUUACGUUCAACGAACAGCUCUCCCCGGUGAUAUUUGCCAGCUUAUCGUAACCACCAUAAGGGUUGGUGCUGCUCCUUUUGUUAGCGGGCUCCGCUUCGUCACCGAGGAAGGCCCGGAUAUAUGCCUGGGGUACACGAGAGGAGGAGAGAAGAAGUAUCUGGAUGUUGUCAACGGGUUGAAAACGCCAACAGGAUUGCGAGGAUUUGAUCUCUCAGUAGGGCAUAGAGGAAUCCACGGCCUCAGAGCAAUAAGCCAGGACGGCAAAUGCUCCGAAUGGGCUGGCCUGAGACACUCGCAACUCAGGCCAAAACAUCUUGUAGUGUCAAAGGACGCUGUUAUUGGCCUGGAGGCAGGAUUUGACUUAAGGCUCAUUUGGCUGGCAGCUAUCACAGGGAUUCAAAAUGGUCCGGCUUUCAAUUGCGGAAGACAGAUUAAACGUGGAAAACCCGAUAUGUCCAUAACUAGUUAG